AUGGAUUUCAUAGUAGAGAAGAAGGAAUCAGAGAACAACAACACUAAUAACCCCGAAGACGCUCAUCAAACAUUAGAUUCCUCUUCUCAGUUAGCUUUGACACUUGAUUCAAGUAGCAAAGAAACAGAAGAACAACAAUCUCAUGAACUCAAAGUUGGUCUUCACCCUUUGAAGAAAGUGGAUCGAAAGCAUGGAAAGAGGCCACUUCCUGAAGAAGAAGAAGAAGAAGAAGAAGAAGAAAAAGCAGAAGAAAAAACGUUUCCGUUUUAUUUUUCUCGGUCUAAGCAAGACGUGUCUGCUGUGGUAUCGGCCCUUGUUCAAGUCAUUGGUGGCAAUCCACUGCCUGAAGAUCCAACGACACUUUCUCACUCCACUUCUGUUCAGAAUAAUUCGAACGAACCAUCGCAUCCACCACCACAACAAGGAAGCGCAAGAAAACAGUACAGAGGAGUGAGACAGCGACCAUGGGGGAAGUGGGCCGCGGAGAUUCGCGACCCGAAGAAAGCAGCCAGAGUUUGGCUGGGAACUUUUCCCACCGCGGAGGCUGCUGCACUUGCUUACGAUGAAGCAGCUCUCAGAUUCAAAGGAAGCAAAGCCAAGCUCAAUUUUCCAGAAAAAGUUCAUCUCUCAGGGGAAUUAGGUUACCUCACAAAUCGUCCACCAUCGUUACAAGCCACUUCAACUCCCUUCCAACUGCUUCCUCGUCACACUGCAACUGAUAAUGAUGCCAUUCUUUCUUCCUCUUCUUCGCCAUCGUCUUCAACCUUUUCGAUGAACUCCGCAGCUUCUUCUUCCGAGCCUCCUACCAAACGGAAACCUGAUUUCGAUGCCAAACAAAAACGUUGAGAACUUCAAUACAUCAAUUAAAUAUAUGCUUAUCUUGUAAUGUUUAUUAUGUAUGGUGUCAAGGAAAUAAUGCUGCAAGUGUGUAGUUUUUUCAUUGACAUGAUAUGAUAUGAGUAAUGCACAUGAAAUAAAUUA